UUUUAGCAGAGAAAACCCACUUUGGUGGUGCCCACGUGAAUCAUCCACAAUGGUCUCUGCAGUGCUCAUCUUGUUCUUGAAUUUUCUCUGCCAUGCUUCUGUUGCAGGACGGACAUGUCCCCAGCCAGAAGAUAUACCAUUUGCUGAAGUUGUCCCAUUCAAAACAUUCUACCUCACAGGCGAGCAGAUAGUAUACUCCUGCAAACCAGGCUAUGUGUCCCGGGGAGGGAUGAGACGGUUUACCUGUCCUCUCUCAGGAGUGUGGCCCAUCAACACUCUGAAAUGUACACCCAGAGUAUGUCCUUUUGCUGGACUCUUAGAAAAUGGAGCUGUACGCUAUACAACAUUUGAAUACCCCAACACGGUCAAUUUUUCUUGUAAUCCUGGGUUUUAUCUGAAUGGAACUAAUUCUGCUAAAUGCACUGAGGAAGGAAAAUGGAGUCCGGAGCUUCCUGUCUGUGCUCCCAUAAGCUGCUCUCCACCACCAAUACCUAAGUUUGCAACACUGAGUAUAUAUAAGCCAACAGCUGGAAACAAUUCCCUGUACAGGGACACAGCAGUCUUUGAGUGUUUGCCACACCAUGCUAUGUUUGGAAAUGGUACAGUUACCUGCACAGCAUAUGGAAAUUGGACUGCAUUACCAGAAUGCAGGGAAAUAAAAUGCCCAUUCCCAUCAAGACCAGACAAUGGGUUUGUGAAUUAUCCUGCAAAACAAGCACUUCUUUACAAGGAUAAAGCCACAUAUGGUUGCCACGAUACAUAUACCCUGGAUGGCCCAGAAGAAAUAGAAUGCACUAAACUGGGAAACUGGUCUGCCCAGCCAAGCUGCAAAGCAUCUUGUAAAUUAUCUGUUAAAAAAGCCACUGUCCUAUACCAAGGAGAGAGAGUCAAACUUCAGGAGCAGUUUAAGAAUGGAAUGUUGCAUGGUGAUAAAGUUUCUUUCUUCUGCAAAAACAAGGAAAAGAAGUGUAGCUAUACAGAGGAGGCUCAGUGCAUAGAUGGCACCAUUGAGAUCCCCAAAUGUUUCAAGGAGCAUAGUUCUUUGGCUUUUUGGAAAACGGAUGCAUCAGACGUAAAGCCAUGCUGAAGUCAUCUUCAAAAUUAAAUGUCAGAUUUGUAUCUCUGUUUGUCCAAGGAAUCCAAUGGAAGUGGAAAAAUAAAGUUGCUGAAAUUGUUGCC